AUGGUGGUAAUCUGGAUGGCGGCGGUGACAAUCGUUCUAACCUUCGUCGCCGUGGAGUUCCUAGGUCUCGCAGUGACCCUUGGAGUGCUCCUGGGCGCGACCCGUGGGCUUGCGUGUCGGUUUCGGGCCCACCGAAGAAGCCGCGCAAGCAGAUGUAUGCUCUUCGGGAAGCUCCUCUCCGUCGUGAAGUUUCUGGUCUUCGUGAUGGUCCAUGGUAUAUUCGGGGAGUUUCUGAUGUUCUUCGUGGAGUUUCUGCGCGAUGUGAGGUUUCUGAGGAUCGUCGGGGCGUAUCUGCUGAUCUUCGUGAAGUUCCUGCGGUUCAUGGAGCAGUUUCUGAUGAUUGUUGUCCUCGCGUUGAGGUUCCUCAUCAAUGUCGUGCUGUUAUUUCUCCGGUUCUUUCUCCUGGUGAAGGCGUUGUCGCUGAUGUUAUUCGCGGAGUUCGUGCUGAUCUACAUGAUGGUGUGGCUCGUUCUGUUCAUCACGAUCCUCGUUCACGUAGUGGUCAUGAUUAUGAUGUUCACGUCCCUGCCGAUCUCCUUCACGAAGUCGCUGAUGAUCGUGGCCCUGCUGGUGUUCAGUCUGCUCGUCAGCCUGGCGCUCUCGCUCUCCGGCGCUGGCCUGCCGACGUGCCUGCGGUGUGGGUUCUUCUUCCUGCGCUACAAGACCUUCUUCAGCGACCUGCGGCUGAUCGUGUCUUUCUUCAUGGCGGUCUUCGGGUUGGCGAUGUGUGGGUACUUCUGCCUCCUGUACCUGAGUUUCAUGUUUCGACUCUGGUGGAUACCUCGCUGGGCGCCGAGGUCGUUGCCGAUACCAUUCGUCAGCAUGGUGUUCGCUUAUAUCGAGACGACCUGA